AUCCUCUCGCCUGUGCCCGGUCGUGAAUUGCUCACAGGGUCAUCGGAUGAGUGAUUCCACGGUCACAGGGUGGAACCAGUAAGGACAAGGGUACGUGAGCGUGUAUAUAUAUGGCUUGCGACCCCUUGCUCGCGGUAGACAUGGAGAUAUAUACCAACCAAACAAUCUGUUAACAAGCACUUUCGUAUCAAUACUCAACCAAUCUACCACAUAAAUCAAAAUGUCUGAACAAUACUCAACUGGCGGCUCCCGACAGCCUGCGACGUACAACGCAGUGACUGGUGGCGGUGUGCCCGAGACUGAUUCGAGUCAACCGAUUGCACACGGUUGCGGUCUCGAAGGUGGCUCGUCUUACCAAGGGACUCAGUCCGGCUCGAACAACUAUUCCGACAAUUAUGCCCAAGGCUCAUCUGGAUUGGGCUCAUCUGGAUUCGCUCAAAACGACGGAUACCAAAACCAAACCUCGAGCCGUCUGCCUGAAACCGACUCGUCUUACCGAACGACGGAGUAUGACUCCAACAACUAUUCCAACAACGACUCUUAUGGCUCAUCAGGUUUGGGCACGAGUGACAGAACUCAAGGUCAGACUUCGACAUUCUCAGGCACCCAGACCGGCUCAGGCCCGAUCAACCAUUCGGACGACUCGAACCCAUUGAACGAGCAUCACCGUCCAUCAGUGGCCAUGGAUGGUCAACAGGGCGUUGAUUCAUUGGAGGGCGAGACUAACAUCCGCCGGGCUGGUGACUCACAAAACGCUCCAGGCAAGCUGGGCGACACCGGCGAGAGUCUUGUUGGUGCUAUGGGAUUUGGAGGUUCCCAGGUCGGCAGACCAAAGGAGGAUCAGGGCAUUGGAGAGAAGAUUGCAAACUUUCUGGGCGUUUAGAUCUAUUAAUACCCUGUCGCAAGUUGGGAUGUUGCUGAAGUAGUAUCAUAGAUAUCCCUUGACCUGAAAUUGAUCGGUUCUGUACAAUAAAAU